AUACAAAGCAAACCCUUAGUGAUAGCAAAUUAAAUGAUGAUUCAUUAAUCUCAGCCACUAGUAUCAGGCUAUGGGAAGAUUAUUUUGCUUUCUACCCUCCAAUUUCUAUGCCUUAUCUCAUUUCCGUUCAUGGAUAUUUCACGGUUAGUAAUAAUCGUCGUUCUUUAUGGUCGGCUGCAGACAACGAAGGCCUGGCGGCGGAUGCGUUAGCUAGAAUAAAAGUUUCAUGGAAUAGAUAUUUAUUUGAAAUUGUCUUACCAAAGGCUUGGGCGAAAUUUCUUC